UCCUGCUGGCUGCCUUGGUCUCUCCCAUGAUGUUGGGCUUGAGGAUGGACUUCAGUAUGCUCCUGGAGCCUCUGGGCUUUGUUAAGGUCCUUGAAUGGGUUCUUGCCAUCUUUGCUUUUACUACAUGUGGAGGCUUUCAAGGUGAAACUGCUCUUUUAGUUUCCUGUGAAGGUGUGGUAAACAAAACAAUUACAGCUUCUUUUGCUUAUCCAUUUAGGUUGAAUACUGUUGUAUUUAGUGCACCAGACCCAAAAGGCUGUGGUGGUACUUGGACUGAUGUUUACCUCACGGGCAACUUCUCCUCUUCUGCACAGUUCUUUGUUACACUGGCAGCAUUGGUGUUCCUCUACUGUAUUACUGCCCUUGUGGUUUACAUUGGAUAUAACCACGUGUAUCAGCAAUAUAACAAAUUUCCACUAACUGACUUGGCAAUCAGUGUCUUGACAGCCUUUUUGUGGCUGGUCAGUACUUUUGUUUGGGCAAAGGCGCUUGCUGACAUCAAGGUGUCCACAGGAGCCAGCAUUAUUCCAGGAAUUGACUCUUGCAAAGCACCAGGAACAACUUGCCAUUUUCUUUCUGUGACCAACAUGGGAGUUCUGAAUGUGUCUGUGGUGUUUGGCUUGCUUAAUAUGAUUUUAUGGGCAGGAAAUGCUUGGCUGAUAUACAAGGACACCAACUUACACAACCAAUGGAAGAGAAUUUCUGAAAGUCCAACUGAAAGGGUAUAAAAACAGGUUGAUAUUUUGAAGUGCUUACCUUUUCACAUCACACUACCAAGAUCAUGGAGCUAUUAGGAUUAAUUUCACUAAUAACUGAUAAUUCAUACAAACUUCUAUUUUGUACUAUAGUUUAACAUAAGGUUGUGGGUACUCCAACUGAAGUGUUUAAUUAUAAUGAAAUAUAUUGUGUCCUUCAAGGCUGUGCAGCAUUAUAUUACAGUUUUUGAAGAGCAAAACAAAGAGGUUAUCUGGAUGAUGACCUUUUCUGGUUCUUAAAUUAGCCUUAUAGGAGGGAUGGCUGAGAAGCCACUGUAUGUGGGAUGUUAUUAGUUCUGACAAGUCUUCUCUGAAAAAUGGAAAGUAAAUUCAUCCAGGGCAGGUGAGAGUGCAGUUUAGUUUCUUCUUAUCACUGAUACCUUGAAAAAGUCACCUGAGUAGAAUUCAUAGCUCUGUCAAAUUUGCAGCCAAGAUGUGUAGGUUUCCAGAUACUCCUUUCAGAUCAUUGUAUCAGAUCUGCUGCUGGCCAGUCAGGGAGGACAUUACUUCUAUGUUUAAUAUGUUGUCACUGUUUAAUGGGAUAAUCUCUGAACAAGGACAUUUGUUGAAUGAAUUCAUAGCUCCUAGUCUCGCUAAUGUAAGAGUUUGUAUACAGCUGCAAUAGAUGAUUUAAACACUAGAAGGAGGUGGGGGAGGAAGAAAAAAUAAAGUAUGGCCCAAAACAUUUACAAAUACCGUAGAAAUCAAUGUUGAUAUUUUCUGCUACUUACUGCUCAGGCUUCUGUCUAUUACUUUUGAGGUUCAUGAACAAAGGUUGUGUGUGAUAGGAUGUAAAGGUCUGAAUAUGACAAAUUUGUUAUUGAUGUUGUUCAGUCUGUUCAUUGGGAGCAAUAUUUGGGUAUUCCCAUGUGGACUUCUUUAUUAUGGUGUCUGUUUCCCUGGGAAUUGCCUGGAACCACCAUUUUGACAAACCUGAUACAAAAGCUGUUCAGUUCUUUCUGGUCUGUUUAAACAGUUUGUGAUGAAAAUAGACAUAGUGUGUAUAUAAUGCAAAUUGUAACUGUUCAGGGUGCCAGAGCUAUUGACCUUCUGAUAGUAAACUGUAGUCUCAAAGAGUGUAAUAAAGUCAGUAUGACUGCUGCUGAAAGAACA